UGCAUAAAAUUAUCGUUACCGGGAAGUGAUGACAGUUGCCUGGAGCUCCGUCAGCCGUCCGCUUUCUACCGAAAAAGAGUACCACUUCCGAAUGUUUCUACCUCGCUUCGCGUCAUAUGGUUGCCGCUGUGGAACGCGGAACCGGUUCUUACGGGACUUUCUCCGAGCUUUUCGUCGCGCAACAGAACUGUGCCCGGCGAUGCGGUGGACGAAAUGGAAGCUACGUCCGAUCUGUCAGGAAACGCACUCUCGCUUCCUUCUUUCCCUCGCCGGAUCUCCUCACUGGCUCGACCCCAAUCGCUGCGGUCGCCGGUGAAGUCGGUCGUUUCACCCCAGCCGUGGCUCACACGGCCUGAAUCAGUGUUCUGUCGCGGAGAUUGCUCCCCCGCAAAAGGUGUUCAGGGCGCUUCGUGGUACAGCGAACAGAAAAGGAGCAGUGCCGGGCAGAAGCGACGGUAGUCGCUCACGGGAACGAUGGAGUCUGGCGGCGUGACAGCGUCCCUUACCGAGGCAUGGCGUUACCUGAUGUCCAAGAGGGACCCUAGGACCAAGGACAUGCUCUUUAUCGGUGACCUCCGCUUUAUAGUCACCGUGCUCGGGCUUUACCUGUACAUCGUGUACCACGGGGGUCCGCGGUUCAUGCGCAAUCGGCAGCCCUACAAUCUCAAGGGGGCCAUCAUGGCCUACAACUUCUCGAUGGUGGUACUCAACGUGUUCUUCAUGUUCAAGUUCUUCCAGCAUUCCUUCUGGUAUGGCGGAUACAGCCUCUUCUGCCAGGGCAUGACGCACUCUACCGACUAUCACGCGCUCAUGCUUCUCGAAUACUCCUGGUGGUACCUGUUCGUCAGGAUCGGCGACUUUCUGGACACGUUCUUCUUCUUGCUGCGCAAGAAGUACUCGCAUCUGACCGCGCUCCACGUCUCGCAUCACGCCCUGGUCGUCUGGAGUGGCUGGCUCUGGCUCGCCUUCGGGGGCGACGGCCAGGUGUUGCUCGGCAUGUGCGUGAAUGCCGGAAUGCACGUCAUCAUGUACACCUACUACUUCCUGGCGUGCCUCGGACCGUCGGUGCAACAGUACCUCUGGUGGAAGAAGUACCUCACCACGAUGCAGAUCACGCAGUUCGUCGUGCUCCUCAUUCACAUCUGCAUCCCACUCUUCUACGACUGCGGCUACCCGCGCAUCAUGAUCGGCCUGGCCUUCGCGCAAGGCCUGCUGGGCUUGGUGCUCUUCAUAAACUUCUACAUUCACGAAUACAUCAAGAGGAAAGGAAUGAAGAAGAUUGCUGCUGCCAAACUGGCAGAAAGUGACGGCGCUCAUACUCAACCAACAGCGCGGCUCCCAGGGGAAAGGCCGAAGAAAGCCUAAGUUCACUACACUGUGGAUAUGUUUUCAAGACUAGCUUAGCCUCACUAUCGCGUGAGUACGGGCGUCGGUGACGCCAUUUCAUAGCCUACGUGGUUCUGAAUGCAAGCAGUUCCUCCGAAGUGUACUCGAUUGUGGGACGAUAUACUAAGACUUCACUAACUGCCAACAGGCAGUUAUCUGUUCAGUUAUCGGGUUAGAAGUAUUGUCCUCUCUCACUUACGUUUCUGAGCAACAUGCUUCAUUCUCAUUAGCCUGUCAGCUUUAUAAAGCUUUCUUUGCGUGACUGUAUAGAACUUCCAAGUAAUGCUUUUAAUGUGUAUGAUUUUUUUUCGUUGCCAUAGCAGCGUGCUUCAGCACGGUGCACGUACUAUUGUUCCACGCCGCAAGUGACAAGCGACGCCUGCACCAUUUCGUUGGACUGUUUCAUUUUUAUUGUUGCGUUUUGUUUUUGAGAACAGUCUAUGCAUUGUUUUAAUAAAACGGGUCAUACC